AUGGGUUCUUCCAUUCCCACCUUCUUCUUCUUCUUCUUCUUCUUCUGCUUCCUUCUCUUCCUAUCAUCGUCAUCAUCAUCAAUAUCCAAUGCUGCAACCAAGAAGACAUACAUAGUUCACAUGAAGCACCAUGAAAAGCCUUCCAUGUACACCACCCACCAUGACUGGUACUCAGCCAGUCUUCAAUCACUGUCAACUUUCACUUCCACAGAUUCCGAUCCCCUCUUAUAUUCCUACACCGACGCAUACAGCGGUUUCGCCGCAUCCCUUGACACUCACCAAGCCCAGGAACUGUUAAGAUCUGAUGCGGUUCUUGGCCUCUACGAGGACACAGUGUACCAACUUCACACCACACGCACACCACAGUUUCUGGGUCUCGAAAUCCAAACAGGGUUAUGGGAAGGCCAUCGUACACAGGAACUGGACCAAGCGUCCCACGAUGUUAUCAUAGGGGUGUUAGACACCGGAAUAUGGCCCGAAUCUCAGAGCUUCGUCGACGCCGGAAUGCCGGAGAUACCAGCGCGGUGGCGCGGCGAGUGUGAGAAGGGCCCUGAUUUUUCACCUUCUCUCUGCAACAAAAAGCUCAUCGGCGCACGAAGCUUCUCCAGGGGGUUCCACAUGGCGGCGGGGAGCGGCGCCGAGAAAGAGCCUAUGUCACCUCGCGAUAGGGACGGUCACGGGACCCACACCGCGAGCACCGCCGCUGGGUCCCACGUGGCAAAUGCUAGCCUCCUCGGCUACGCCAGCGGAACCGCCAGAGGCAUGGCGCCGCAGGCGCGUGUCGCUGGUUACAAGGUUUGCUGGUCCGACGGUUGCUUCGCCUCCGACAUUCUCGCCGGGAUGGACCGCGCGAUCCAGGACGGCGUCGACGUGUUAUCCCUCUCCCUCGGCGGCGGCUCCGCCCCUUAUUUCCGCGACACCAUCGCAAUCGGAGCAUUCGCGGCGGUGGAGCGAGGGAUCUUUGUUUCCUGCUCCGCCGGGAAUAGCGGGCCUAGUAAGGCGUCACUUGCGAAUGUAGCGCCGUGGAUUAUGACCGUUGGGGCUGGGACCCUGGACCGGGAUUUCCCGGCUUUCGCAUUGUUAGGAAACAAGAAACGGUUCGCUGGGGUUUCGCUUUACAGUGGGAAGGGAAUGGGGAGUGAACCGGUGGGUUUGGUUUAUAACAAAGGGUCGAGCUCGAACUCGAACUCGAACUCGAACUCGAACCAAUCGGCUAGCAUUUGUAUUCCCGGUUCGCUUGACCCGGCCGUGGUUCGUGGGAAGAUAGUUAUUUGCGACAGGGGGCUUAAUGCGCGCGUGGAGAAAGGUAAGGUCGUGUUGGAUGCAGGUGGGGUUGGGAUGAUACUGGCGAACACGGCGGCGAACGGCGAGGAGUUGGUGGCGGAUAGUCACUUGCUACCGGCUGUAGCGGUUGGGAGAAUCGUGGGUGAUCAGAUCAGGGAGUAUGCGGGUUCAGAUCGUAAUCCAACGGCAAUGCUGAGUUUCGGUGGGACCGUUUUGAACGUUAGACCAUCCCCUGUGGUGGCAGCGUUCAGUUCGAGAGGGCCCAAUACGGUGACUAGGCAGAUACUAAAACCGGAUGUUAUUGGGCCUGGUGUUAACAUCUUAGCCGGAUGGUCAGAAUCUAUUGGGCCUUCUGGGUUAUCUCAGGACACUCGUAAAACACAAUUCAACAUUAUGUCAGGUACGUCGAUGUCUUGUCCACAUAUAAGUGGGUUGGGUGCAUUGUUGAAAGCAGCUCAUCCAGAUUGGAGCCCAAGCGCAAUAAAAUCUGCACUCAUGACAACAGCAUAUACCCAUGACAACACCAAGUCACCACUCCAUGAUGCAUCAGGAGAAGCCUUUUCAACUCCAUGGGCUCACGGUGCGGGCCAUGUUAACCCACAGAAAGCAUUCUCUCCGGGCCUUGUCUAUGAUGCUUCAGCCAGUGAUUACAUUGCGUUCUUGUGCUCCUUGGACUACACACCUGAGCACAUACAACUUGUUGUUAAGCAACCUGGUGUCAAUUGUACCAUGAAAUAUUCUGAUCCUGGCCAAUUGAAUUACCCAUCAUUCUCGGUCUUGUUUGGAGGCAAAAGGGUUGUGAGAUACACGCGCACCCUGACAAACGUUGGUGAUGCUGGAUCUGUCUAUCAUGUGGCCGUUGACGGGCCAUCAACGGUGGGGAUAACGGUGAAUCCCACCAGGCUUGUGUUUGGAAAAGUAGGGGAAAAACGAAGGUACACUGCGACCUUUGUGUCCAAGAAGGGUGCUGAUGCUUCGGUUAGGUCUGGAUUUGGGAGCAUUAUGUGGAGCAAUGCACAGCACCAAGUUAGGAGCCCAGUUGCUUUUGCUUGGACAGAGUUGUGA